AAAUGAGAGUGGGGUGGAAGAUGAAUUCAUAUCAUUACAGAUGUAUAUCUGCAUUUUACUAUGACAUCAUGAUUUGGACACAUUUCUCCCUCCCUUUUCUCUGUUUCACUCUCUCCAUCUGCCAGUUACCCCAGAGCAGCUCAGAGGAAGAGGAGACAGGCUGAGACUGGGCAGAAACUCACAGAGAAAAGGAGGAAGAGCAACGAGUUUGAAGUCUUGUGAAUUGGGUUGAUGGCUAAGAAUGACUGAAAGAGUUAAAGGGCAAGGAAAGGCUGAGUCAAGGAAUAAAGUACAAAUUGCUUGAAAGUGAGGCGGGCUCAUCCUUUAGCAACAAAAAAGAAAUACAGCAUAGACCGAGGGAGGAAAUAACCACAAAGAAAUUAAAGGGAGAGACCACACUGGAGCUGUCUUUAAGCAGCAAUCCCUAAUUCUUCACUGAAGGGGGAUUCUGCUGCCUUUAUCAUGCCUUCUUUCCUGCCCCUGCUCUUCCUCAUUUUGUUUUUCAAGGGUUGUGUGGCCCCUCCAUCCACAUCGGCUCCGUGUCCAGAUGCAGGAGGGGUGCGAGCUCUACUCAAACGCCUGGAAAUUUUAGAAAAGUUGGUUCAGGACUUAAAAGGACAGUGUACACCCCCGUGUUGUGCAAAUGUGCAGACUGGAGCUGAUGACCCUGCCAGUCAUAAAUCUCCCACAUGUCUACAGUCCAUUGAAUCUUGCCCUGGGGGAUGUGGAGGGGAAGAACAAGGAAUCUGCAUUGAUGGACAGUGUCAGUGCAAAGAUGGAUACAUGGGAGAAAACUGCCAGCUGAAAACCUGUCCUGAAGAUUGUAAUGACCAAGGUCGAUGCAAAGAUGGUCAAUGCUCCUGCUUUCCUGGAUACUUUGGAGUUGAUUGUGGCUCAAAAUCCUGUCCUAAUAAUUGUCAAAAUCAUGGACGUUGUGAAAAAGGAGUUUGUAUUUGUGACUCUGGUUAUACUGGAGUUGACUGUACGUCCAGAACCUGCCCCAAAAACUGUUUCAAUAGAGGUCGAUGUAAAGAUGGAGUUUGUAUGUGUGAUCCUGAUUUUACUGGUGUAGACUGUGGCAUUAAAACUUGCCUCAAUGACUGUGAAGACCAUGGUCGUUGUGACGAUGGAGUGUGUGUAUGUGAUCCUGGAUUCACUGGAGUAGAUUGUAGUUCCAGAACUUGCCUUAAUGACUGUCACAAUCAUGGCAGAUGUGAAGACGGAGUGUGUGUUUGUGAUUCUGGGUUUUCUGGACCAGAUUGUGGGUUUAUGAGCUGCCCAGAAGAUUGCAACGAGCAGGGCAGCUGUGUGUCAGGAGUUUGUAUAUGUGAGAGUGGUUUUAUUGGACCAGAUUGUGGAACUAGGGUCUGUUCUCCCGAAUGUGAGAGGCGUGGGCGCUGUGAGGAUGGUGAGUGCAUCUGUAACCCUGGAUUUACUGGGCCAGACUGUGAUAUAAAAACUUGCCCCAAUGACUGUCACAAACAAGGAAUGUGUGUUGAUGGGAUAUGUGUUUGUGAUUCUGGAUAUACAGGAUUAGAUUGCCAGUUUAAAAAUUGCCCUAAUAAAUGCCACAACCAUGGUAGGUGUGAAGAUGGAAUCUGCAUUUGUAAUUCGGGAUAUUCUGGGUCAGAUUGUGGAUCAAAAACGUGUCCAAAGAACUGCAGUGGAAAUGGCCAGUGUGUAAAGGGCAAGUGUGUUUGUGAUCCCGGAUUUAUCGGGCCAGUUUGUGGAACCCGAGCCUGUCCGUCUGGGUGUAGCAAUCAUGGACGCUGUGUAAGAGGGAUCUGUGUCUGCUCUCCAGGGUACACUGGGGUGGAUUGUGCAUCCAGGCUAUGCCCCAAAAACUGCCAUAACCAGGGCAGGUGUGAAAAUGGAGUCUGUAUAUGUGAUCCUGAAUAUACAGGCCUUGAUUGUGGAUCUAGGACUUGCCCCAACAACUGCCACAGUAAGGGGCAAUGUGAUAAUGGUGUAUGUAUUUGUGAUCUGGGAUACACUGGCCCUGAUUGUGCUACAAAAUCCUGCUUUAAUGACUGCCACCAUAGGGGCAGGUGUGUAGAUGGUGUGUGUAUUUGUGAGGUUGGAUAUACAGGUCUGGAUUGUGAUACACUAAGCUGCCCUGAAGAUUGCCACAACAGGGGUCAGUGUGAAAAUGGAGUCUGUGUCUGUGAUUUUGGCUUUACUGGGCUAGAUUGUGGUUCAAGGAGUUGUCCCAAUAAUUGUAAUUACCAUGGUCAGUGUGAAGAUGGAGAGUGCAUUUGUGAUUCUGAAUAUACUGGUCAUGAUUGUGGCUCAAAAAUGUGUCCUAAUAACUGUCAAAAUCAUGGCAGCUGUGAUAAUGGGAAGUGCAUCUGCGAUUCUGGAUAUGCUGGUAUAGACUGUGGAUUGAGAACCUGCCCAAAUGACUGCCACAACCGGGGACAGUGUGUAGAUGGAGUCUGCAUUUGUAACUCUGGAUACACCGAUCUAGACUGUGGUUUGAAAACCUGUCCAUAUGACUGCCAUAACAGAGGUCAAUGUGUAAAUGGUAUAUGUAUAUGCGAUUCUGGAUACAGUGGUCUAGAUUGUGGUUCUGCAUCAUGCCCAAAUAAUUGUCAGAAUCAUGGAAAAUGUGACAAUGGAGAGUGUGUUUGUGAUUCGGGGUAUACUGGUGUGGACUGUGGGGCUAAAGCCUGCCCAGAAAACUGUCAUAUACAUGGUCGAUGUGAGCAAGGGAUCUGUAUAUGUCAGACAGGAUAUACAGGCUUGGAUUGUACAUCUAAAUCCUGUCCAAAGAACUGUAGCGGCAAUGGGCAGUGUUUAAAUGGAAAAUGUACCUGUGACUUGGGAUUUGCUGGACCUGUUUGUGGGAGCAGAAGUUGCCCAGGGAACUGUGGCGGACGAGGAAAAUGCAUCAAUGGGGUCUGUGUAUGCAAAAAGGGAUAUGAAGGAGCUGACUGCAGCAUGGUUGUCACAGAACUUGUAGCAGUUACUGGUCUACGUGUAACAUCUGUGGAAGAAUCUUCAGUAACCAUUGAGUGGGGCCUCCCACAGACUCCUCCAGAUUUAUAUGCCAUAUCAUUUAAAGCAAAGAAGGAGAAUGGCUUAUUAAACAACACAGUGGAUGGCUCUGUCACGUCAUUUGUUCAGACUGGUCUGGCCUCAGGAGAGGAGUACUUUGUGUCUAUACAACCCCAGAAGGGGCAAACUGUUGGGCCUGAUACCACUGUAACUGUGACUACAAGCAUCGAGACUCCACGUGGACUCCGAGUGACAGAAAUCACCACCACUUCUUUCCUUUUAAGAUGGGAACGAUCCCAGUCUUUCCCUGACCGGUACAUAGUGACACUAGUGUCCCCAAGCGGGAAAGAAAGAAAGAUGAAAGUCCCUGGAAAGGGUGAUAGGGUGAGGGUUACAGGACUGGAAGAGGGGACAAUUUACAAAGUGAUACUGAAAGCAGAGAAGGGACAGGAGCAAAGCAAAGGGAUGGAGACCAUUGCAAACACAGCUAUUGACAGGGAGCGAAAAAAUAUAGAUGAUGAAGAGGCCCACAAGAAGAAAGGGACGGUAGUGACCCCCCAACGUGGUGGUCAACUUGAAAAGCCGCGAUUUUCAGAAGAUCGUUACAGUCCUGAAACAACUGGGCAAGUUCAUACAGUAGGAGGAGAAGGGAGUUCAAAGACAAGGGACAUAACAGAAUAUAUUGUUGAAGACGGAACACAAAAGGGCAUGGUAAACACCACAAGAAGGACUAUCCAGACCACCAUUAUUACUACAUACCAUAUUCAGAAUCAAAAGGAAGGAGGUGUAGUGGAUAUAUUUAAUGAUACUAAGGAUAGUGAAUAUUCACAACAAAUGACAAAACAUCUAACAGAUAGGGAAAAAAUAAACAGUGAAGUGGAAGAGGGUGGUGUGGGUAAGAUUACAGAAGAAACUGAUAUAAAAAAGCCUCAGAUUAAAAAGAAAGUGCAAACGUGGAUCACCAGAAGAAAAAUUAUAGAUGCGUCUUCUGGAGAGAAACCUUCACACCAUGUGACACGGGAGAGCAACAUAACAUCAAUUCAGUUGGCAACUGGACAACCUGGUUUCUCUCACACUGAGCCCAUGAAGAAAAUACCAAGUGAGCAAUUUGUAGAGGAUGUGACUGGAAUCCAAGUUAAUCUAGGGAAUACAGAGUCAAAAAAGAUUUCCCAUGAAACAUUACCUUUGACUAUAAAUAAGAAACAGUUGGAAAAGCUAAAGAAUGAGAGAGAACCAGGCAGUGCAACAGACAGUAGAUAUGAUAGGAGUGAAUCUCAAGAAAAAAGUGACCUAUCAACAAAAGUACAAACAGAGGGCAGGAACUCUAGAAAUGAUAAUAUAGGGUGGGAGGAAGAAAAAUUAUUUAAUCGCUCAGUGGAAGAGAAAAGUGUUAAAGAAAAGCCAGAGACAGGCGUAAGAGGUCAGAAACAGAAUAAGAAAGAAAAGGCAUAUUCUGGAGAUUUACACAUAAAGGCUGUAAUUGAGAACUUACCUUCAAAACUAUCAGUUUACAAUGGGACCUUUAUACAACGUCUCCAAAGUUACCUGCGUUCAACUUCUUAUCCACUAAGAUCUAAUCAGACAGUGGAAUCUGUGGCUAGAGCCAUCUUCCUUUACUUAGUGAAGUACAAACCUCAUAGUUUCACAGGAAUGGUAUAUGAUCGUCUUCCACAAAAGGCACCAGAUGCACCAGAAGACAUAGAACCUUUUGGAGCAAGUAGAAUUCGGGGUAAUACUGGGAUUGUUAUGGUGGGUAAUAAAUCAGAUCAAACAAAAGAGGUGGAAGUUGGAAAACCAAAGGAUAGACCUGUAACAGUGGAAGGAUCGCAGAGAAAUGUAGACACUCCGGCUAUAAGUGAAUACAGUUCUUCAUCAGAUCUUCAUAAAGUUAACAUGAAAGUCCUGAAAGAGAUUCCUGUCUCAAAAGAAGAGGAAAAGUUAAUAAGUGAGAGGGACACCUUACAACUUUUUCCUCUAAAAACUCAGUUAAAUAAAACAUACUCUGAAAAAAGUUCUGAUACUUUAAAAAGGACAACAGUACCAGGUAAUCAAAAGGUAUGGCGUGUGGGUGAAAAGGGUAAGAAAUUAACUGGGAAAAAUGAGAAAGAAGGAUUGAAAACGACUACAUUGUCCCCAAAGACUAGGGAAUAUGAAAUAUCUCCUAGUGUAGAUACGCUGAACACACCCACUCAAAGCUCAAAAGACAAUAGAGCACCUGGUGUAUUUUUGGAAGAAGACUUUCUGAAAGCCAAAAUGACUCAUAAGGACAAUGAGGACGUACAGGUUGAAACUACAACUACAACUCAAUCUACGGAUCUAGACAUUAGGACUUCUUUGAAAAAGAAUAUUUUAGUGACUCAACAAGAUUACAAAAGUAAAACUGAACAAAAAGAAUUGACUAAUGACAAAGAAAUGACAACCAAAAAGCAACUGCACUACAGUAAAAAAAUUCUGCCAAAACAACCAAGACCAGAGAACAUGAGAUCUGAAAUAAAGGAGAAGGAGAUAGAAAAUGAACGCCAGAUAGAUCAAGAAUAUUCAAGAAGUAAGAUUCCUGAUGACAAAGUGUCUCUACUGCAAGUGAGAGAGGGGGAGGGAAAAGAAAAUAAAGAAAAAACAUCAAUAUUAAACCCAACACUUGCUUCUGCUGGUCCCUCAACACAUCCUACACCAGUAAAAAUUUCUGGUCCUGGCAUUUAUGGCAGACCAGCUAUUCUACAGAGUACUUCCACCAGUCUUGUUGUAUCCCUAGAUGGUCUUGGGGUUCUAUUUGACAAGGUGAUGAUUCAUUAUCGUCCAUUUCAAACAAUCAUGACUGAUAUUCCACACCAACUGGAGGUUGGUAAAGAAGUUGGAAAAGUGGUGAUCAGGAAUCUAGAACCAGGGACCACCUACCGCCUUGACAUUCAUGGAAUAUUGAGGGGGCAGUCUUCCAAGUCCUACACAUUGGUAGCUGACACAGCUCAAAGUCCAACAAUUUCGCCCACUGAGGUGACCACAAAGCCAACAAUUUCCCAAAAAGAGGCCAUUAUAACUACUACGAUUCCUCCAGUAUCACGGCCCCGUGUACCAUCUCAAAUGGGAGCACUGCAAGUGGGAAAUGUGACAAGUGAAAGUAUCACAUUAGUUUGGAAGGCCAAGAUUGGGGUGUAUGAUUCUUUCUUAGUGCGCUACGAGGAGGUAACUGAAGGUGGCAGUCCACAAGAAAUAUCUGUUCCAGGAGAUCAACGAAAGGUGACUUUAAGAGGACUGACUCAAGAUACCAGAUAUGCAGUAUUGCUCUAUGGCAAAAGGGGAGAAAAGUUGUCAUGGCCUUUGAAAGAAGAAGUAACAACAGAAUCUCUCCCUGAGAGAAGCACACCGCCUCGCCUCUCUCCCCUGUUGGUAUCUGAAGUCCGCACAAACUCUGCACUUCUAUCAUGGGAAACUCUAGAUGGUGAUUUUGAUGCAUACAUAUUGCGGUAUGGACCCCCUGAGGGCCCCAUGCAAGAGGAAACCCUAAGAGGAGACCAGACAUCUUUCCUUAUUGAUGGAUUGGUUGCAGCAGUUAAUUACUCAGUUGAGCUACUUGGCAUUUGGGGAGAGCGUUACUCUGAGCCUCAGGUUACAAAUUUGCUCACAGAAAAACCACAACCUCCCCGCAUAGAGUCCCUCACUCUGUCCAAUGUGCGCAGUGAUUCUAUACUUCUCUCUUGGGAUGUCCAGGGUGGAGACUUUGAUUCCUUUCUGCUUUUGUACCGUGAUGGAGAAGGAAAACCACAGGAAAUAACUCUAGAUAAAGAUUUGCGUUCUUUCACUGUCAAGGACUUGAAGCCUGGGAAAAAGUAUAAAUUUGUCUUGUAUGGCAUGUCAGGGGAGAAGAGAAGCAAACCAGUGUCAGCAGAGGGGAGCACAGAAAAGCUCCAACCACCACAACUAGAGUCUCUGUCUGUGUCUGAUGUCCUCAGUGACUCUGUGCGACUUUCGUGGGUGGUUCGGGGGGGUAAAUUCGACUCAUUUCUUCUAAAUUAUCGGGAUGCUGAGGGCAAACCCAAGGAGGUUGCUUUGGAAGGGGAACAGCACAGUGUCCCAGUCGGCGAACUGAAGCCUGGAAAGAAAUAUAAAUUUGUCCUGUACGGGAUUUCAGGAGGAAAAAAAAGCAAAGCAGCGAUAGCAGAGACCGCCACAAAACCACGUGAGAAAUUAGUGCCCUCUUCUCCUGCAACUCCCACUAUUCCUCGUCUGGUUGACCUGCAAGCCAAUGAAAUAGGGAAAGAUUCAGUAAAUUUGUCAUGGAAAGUGGAGGGUGAGUCUUCUUUUGAUUGGAUUGUGGUACAGUAUGGGGAGCCUGAUGGUGGAGUGCGAGAGCAGCAGGUUCAAGGAGCGGACACAAGCACCACAGUCACAGGACUGCAACCAUCCAGGCGAUACAAGUUCAAUCUAUAUGGCAUCAAAGGGGAGAGACGAAGCAAACCUUUAUCCACUGAGAUUGAAACAGGUUCCCUGGAGGCCAUUGGUCAACCUUCCUCUUUCCUGUAUGAUAUGUAUGUUUCUCCACGUGGCCCUCAUUCCAUAUUACUUUCUUGGGAAGCACCAGAAGACUUUGACUUAUUUGUUAUUCGUUAUGGCAUUGAGGGUCAUGAGAAGCCUCAGAAGGAGGUAUCUGUAGAUAAAACUGAGCGUACUCUCUUACUUGCUGACCUCCAGCCUGACACCCUUUAUAAAGUAUUACUAUAUGGAAUUAAAGAGGGAAAGGAGCAGAGCAGUCUGGAAGCCACUGGACGUACAGGAUCUUUGGAUCUGGAACCCCCUCAAAAUUUGAGAUUUAAUGAUGUAGAAGAGACAUCUUUGACUAUCACUUGGGAUCCCCCCAACCCUGAAACCACCACAUUCAAAGUAUCAUAUCAGCUUGCAAAAGGGGGAGAACCUGAAAGUGUCAACGUAGUUGGAGACAGCAAAUCUCUUAAGGGACUAAACGCUGGAACACAUUAUGAAGUUACUGUGGUAUCUGUACGGGGGUUUGAGGAAAGUCAGCCUCUGACUGGCUACAUCACUACAGUUGGAGGUGGUCCACGUUCUCUGCAUGCCCUUGAUGUGACUGAAGAAUCAGCACUUUUACGCUGGGAACCAGUAAUAGGAUCUGUGGACAGAUAUUUAGUAACAUACAGGGCAGAAAAUGUGCUUUCAGUAACGCUCGAAGUUCCAGGUGAUCAGACUGAGCUUCCUUUAUCUGGUUUGAACCCACACACUGAAUACUAUGCAAGUGUGCAAAGCAUCCAUGGAUCCAAGCUAAGCUCACCAACAUCUACCUCUUUCACUACUAGUGCUGAUACUCCACGGGAGCUCCGUGCCAGUAAGAUUACAGCUCAAAGUGCCCUGAUGACGUGGGAACCACCACAGGCUGUUCCUGAUGCGUAUCGACUUAUAUAUCAAACACAAGAUGGUGAAAUAAAGGAGUUCAUUUUACCAGCUAAUUUGUCCUCUUUUACCCUGAGUCAUCUCACACCUUCCACCCCAUACAAAGUUCAACUUCAUGCCUUACGUGGUGCUUCCAGUUCUGCACCCAUUUCAACCUCCUUCACUACAGUUCGAAUUAGAUUUCCCUUCCCCCGGGACUGCUGGGAAAAGCAGAUGAAUGGAGAAGUGCAGAGUGGUCUGUUCACAAUAUAUUUGGGAGGAUCAAAAGAUGAUCCAUUGCUGGUGUACUGUGACAUGGAGUCUGAUGGCGGUGGCUGGAUAGUUUUUCAGAGGAGAAUGGAUGGAAAAACUAAUUUUUGGAGAGAGUGGAAUGCAUAUAAGGAGGGCUUUGGUAAUCUUACUUCAGAGUUCUGGUUGGGUAACACUGCUCUGCAUCGUCUCUCAUCUUUGGCACCAUAUGAAUUACGUGUAGACCUCCGGGCAGGAGCCGAUUCUGCCUAUGCUGUGUAUGAAGAUUUUCGUGUUGAGGCUGAAGACAGACACUUUAGGCUGCGAAUAGGAGAAUAUAGAGGAACUGCAGGGGACUCUUUGAGCUAUCACAACAAUAUGAUUUUUUCUACACGGGACCGAAAUACCCAGAAAAGAAUAUUACCGUGUGCCAUUUCAUAUCGUGGAGCUUGGUGGUAUAAAAACUGCCACUUUGCCAAUCUUAAUGGGAUAUAUGGCAACAACAAGGACCAUCAAGGUGUGAACUGGCACACAUGGAAAGGCUUUGAAUUCUCUAUUCCAUUCACUGAGAUGAAGAUGCGGCCACAGAGAGCAGGCAACUGGCGGCGUCUUUGAAGCUCUGACAGUCUGGAACCACUAAACUAAAAACUGGAAGCAAUGUGGCACCUUUGCAAACCUUACCCAUGAGUCCUUUCUGCUAGGCCCAUGCAAUGAAAAAUAAGACUACAAAACUGUAUCUAGUUGUAAUGGGUUUUAACUCCAGAACCAAACAUGAGGAAUAUAUUCCAAAAGUGACAAUCUAGAAACACUGACCUUUAGAACUGGAGUAUAGAACCCAAGUAAUGGAAACAGAAAUGACCUAGAAAUGAAAAUCAGAAACAACAGCGGAGUACAGGCAAUAUACAUGGUCUAUAUACAUAUAAAAAUGCAACGCAGCUGAAAUCUAGCAGCUCCAGGUUUUAUAAAUCUAAAACCAGAAGCUAUAAUGAAUUAAUAUAAUAUAGUGUAAAUCUAGCAGCUAUCUGGAAAAUACAAAAAACAAUCUUCAAAGAUUCUACCAGGGAGGAGUGCACCCUCAAAGGGUAAGGCAGAGUAAAAGGUGUGUCACAGCCAUAAAAUGGGGAGGGGGAUUGGGGGCGAUGUGAUGGAGCCUCAUUCCCUCCACCCACUAUAUAAAUAUAAAUAUAUAUAUAUAGCAAACGGAUACACAGUCUAUUUUUAUAAAAGCACAGUAUGAAGAGGGAAUGGAUGGGAGGGGUAAAAAGAUGGAGGAUUUGUGUUCUGUAAACUGCUUCUAAUAAAUCGAUGGGAUAUCA